AUGUUUUCAGCUCGCAAUACCGAUAAUCCCAAUCCUUUCCGACCUGCUCUUCAAUAUCUUAUCAACACCGCGAAUUCGAAUCUCCCGCGAACACGUUCAAAUCAUCGAAAAAUUCAGUCGGUCAGUAGUUUGGACUCUGAUGGGGAGGCCUUUGACAGGAUGUCUUCUCGAAAUGCAACAACCUCCUCUGAACUUCAGCCAUCUAUACCCCUCAUAAAUAUAUCUCGCAGUCCUUCCCCUUAUCGGCCAAGAGCUGCUUCAGAUCCUACAUCAGAAAGCGAUGAAGAAUACGAGAAUUGGGGCACAUCGUCUAGGCGACCAAUCCUUUCCGGAGCGGAACCAAAAUAUACAGGCUGGCGAUAUGCGCUUUACAGUGGAGGGCUUGGUCAUUUCCUUUUUAACACGACGAUGGGCUGGCAGUUCUAUAUUGGGUUUCUCGUCUUUUGGCUUGGAGGGUGUGGCAUAGGUCUUACGGUCAUGAAUAGGAUAAUUCUCUGGACCGGAGUUUAUAAGUUUCCCUGGCCUGUGACAACUACUUUUAUCGAAUUGUUGAUGACUCACGGCUUUCUAUGGCUUUCGGCAUUUCUUACGAGAUUGGCGAGUCCAGUCUGUAUCACUGCAGGUGUGUCGAGUGCGGUUGCGCCAAGUACACCUUUACAGACUUCGAAUUCACCUGGGUUUAGAGGAGGUGGAAAGAAACAAGGAUUACUUUCGACUCUAGGAAGAUUGUCAUCUGCGAGCUCCGGGGGUAUUGCUGGUGGAGGACUCUUCGAAUUUGAUAUGGCUGUCGCUCGGCAAGUCUUACCUCUUGCUAUCAUCUUCGUGGUGAAAGUUAUAUUGAGCAAUAUCUCUUUCGCUUACGCCCAACUGCCUAUAUAUGUUAUGGCGAGGAUUGGGAUCGUGCCAUUUUCACUACUGUUCACGGCACUUCUUGGACAACAGCAACAUUCUGCAUCCACCAUCUCAUCAGCCUUGAUUGCCACUCUCUUUCUACUGCUCGGCACCAUGAAGGCAGGUAUCCGCGCCCCGUGGGAGAGUAUUGUUGCCGGUGUCUUCUCUUCCAUUUUUGUCGCUCUAUACCCGGUCCAGAUUCAACGUACAUAUAAAGUCCUCGUGGCUCAGCUUGUUCCCCAGGGCGAUCUUAUAGGUGGUUUCUCCUCAAGCAACGGCUCUUCAGAUUUUUCUGGUUCUCGCGAAGAAAAUCGAGCCUAUUGGCGUCUACUUCACUACACAUCCCUUCUCUCAAUUCUCAUCUUCAUCCCCAUUCUUUUAUUAUCAGGUGAACUAGGAAGUGUCUAUCGGAACUGCUAUUUCAUGGAUGUCUUCUUUCAUUGGUUGAUGGUUCUCUGUGGAGGUACCGGAUCAUGGGCGGUGUUUUGGUGCACAAUUGCAUUGACUAGGGCAAGUAGUCCACUUACGACUAGUUUCUUGUUUGUUCCAAGAGCUGCGUUCUUAUUACCAAUCAUGGCGGGGUUCAAGAUGCCAGCCUCCAGUUGGAUUGGAUUUGCCUCAAAAGGAUGUCCACAUCACAAGGAAUGUGUAAUCAUUCAACUCUGA